AAUGUACAGUUGUAUUCUGACAAUUUCUUAUCCUUUUGUAUUUUCAGGAUACGGUUCAAGUGGAGAUGCCAAGAUUUAUAAUGAAUCAGAAUUACUUUAGAUGGUGCAGGAUGGUUCCAUUGGAUUUCCAGACCCACAGCCCUUUCCAAAUGACACCUUCGACAUGCCCUAUUUCUUGGUUGGGUAUGACGCGUUCAGCCUUUGCGAGAACAUGCAGAAACCCUAUGGACAUAGACUCCUGACAAGAGACGAAAGCAUCCUGAACUACCGGUUAUCCAGGGCUAGGAGAGUAUCAGAAAAUGCAUUUGGGAUUUUGGCCAACCGAUUCCAGAUACUUCUCAUAAAGAUGAACUACAGCCCAUCCACAGUAAGGCUGAUUGUAAAGACAUGCUGCAUUCUCCACAACUUGAUGAGGAUCAGGUACCCCACCAUGCAGAAUGCACUGGUUGACCAUGAUGAUAGAAGAGGCGAUCUGGUUCCUGGGGAAUGGAAAAGAGGUCGCAACUUGGAGGAUACCAGGAAUGUCAAUACCAGGGGCCACAAAACAGCAAUCAAAAAAGGCAAGAUUGUGAGAAACACUCUGAAGCACAGGGUCAACUCUCCAGCGGGAUGUGUGCCAUAGCAAAACAGGAUGGUGCCACAUUAGAGAUUGAAAUAAAGUGUAACAUAUUAGUGGAAUAAAUUAAUAAAGAGUAUUGUUGUUUUUGUAUUGGCCUUAUAAAGGGAAGUAAUUGUAAAAGUAAGACACGAAA